AUGGGAUCACUGCUGAAAAGGGUCUUCAAUAGAAUUUCUGGGUUUUCUAAUUCUUGGAAAAGGAACCAAUCACCUAGCAGCAGAAGAACUUUCCAUGGGGAUGUUGAACAAGAAGAAUUUCAGUUUGCAAGCACUCAUUGUCUCUCAUCAUACUACAGUGUCUUUGUUGUCCGCCUCGCCAUCAUGGUCAUGCUGGCAAUUUUAAUUGGGCUGCUAACCUUAUUAACAUGGCAUUUUACAAGGGUAUAUACAAGAAGAUCACUACAAACUUUAGCAUUUGGCCUUCGUACUGAACUUCUACAGCGUCCCUUAUUACGAAUGUGGAACAUCUUGAACUCCACAGUUGAAAUAACAACAGCUCAGGUUAAGCUGUCGCAGUAUGUAAUCAGACGGUACAGCAAGCCUGCUAAUCAAGAACAGCAAGUCGAGCUAUAUGAACUAAUGAAAGAUGUAACUUGGGCACUAUUUGCAAGUCGUAGAGCUCUUAAUUCAAUAACCAUCAAUUAUAGAAACGGUUUUGUCCAGGCUUUCCAUAGAGAUCACAGUAGUAACAACACCUUCUACAUAUACUCUGAUCUAGUAAACUAUUCGAUUAGUGGUUCUGACAAAAUCAACAUGCUAUCAUCUCGUCAAGGAUGGAAUGAUCAAUCAAUACGCAGUAAUUUCUCUGCGAUAUGGUACCGAGAACCACUUGAUCCUGUCACUGGUGAAAAGAUGGGAAAAUCAAGGCCAAUCCCUCCAGAUGAUCUGAUUAAUAUCGCAGGCCUUUCACAAGUACCCGAUGGUGCUGCCUCAUGGCAUAUAGCGGUAAGCAAGUACACAGAUUCACCAUUACUUUCUGCGGCAUUGCCAGUUUGGGAUGCUUCCAAUGAAAGUAUAGUGGCUGUUGUUGGUGUUACUACCGCACUUUAUAGUGUGGGGCAGUUAAUGAAAGAACUUGUUGAAGUCCACAGUGGACACAUCUACUUGACCUCUCAAAAGGGUUGGUUGCUGGCUACUUCAUCAAAUACUCCUCUGUUAAUGAAUUCAACAAGGGGGCCAAAGCUAAUGAUGGCAGUUGAUUCUGAGGAUCAUGUGAUUCGAGCAGGAGCUGAGUGGUUGCAUAGAGCAUAUGGCAACAAAUUUCCUUCAACUAAUGAGGUUCACAUUGAGAAUGCCAAGCUUGGGCACCAGCUGUAUUAUAUUGACUCAUUUUUCCUGAACUUAGAGAGACUUCCUAUGGUUGGUGUUAUCAUCAUUCCAAGGAAAUAUAUAAUGGGGAAAGUGGAUGAUAGAGCCUUCAAAACAUUACUAAUUUUGAUAUCUGCCUCUGUAUGUAUCCUAUUUAUUGGAUGCAUCUGCAUUUUCAUAUUGACAAAUGGUGUGUCAAAGGAAAUGAAAUUAAGAGCAGAGCUCAUAACUCACUUAGAUGCAAGAAGGAAGGCAGAGGCAUCAAGCAACUACAAAAGCCAGUUUUUAGCAAACAUGAGUCAUGAAUUGAGGACACCUAUGGCAGCUGUGAUUGGAUUGCUGGACAUUCUAAUAUGUGAUGAUUGUAUCACAAAUGAGCAAUAUGCUACAAUUACCCAGAUUCGUAAAUGUUCAAUGGCUUUACUCCGGCUUCUAAACAACAUUUUGGAUAUCAGUAAGGUUGAAUCUGGAAAACUGGUGCUGGAAGAAACCGAGUUUGAUUUGGGGCGAGACCUUGAAGGACUUGUUGAUGUAUACUCUGUUCAGUGCAUUAAUCACAAUGUGGAGACUGUCCUAGAUCUCUCUGAUGAUAUGCCAAAAGUAGUUCGAGGAGAUUCCGCUAGAGUGCUUCAAAUUUUUGCAAACCUAAUCAGCAAUUCUAUCAAGUUCACAACAUCGGGCUACAUUAUUCUGCGAGGGUGGUGUGAGAAUCCAAAUAAUUCUAGCAACACCAGGAAGUUUCCCAUCAAUCACAAGGACUCAAGGUCUGCACCCAAAAUGAAAUUGAAGCGACAGGGAAGCCAUGAAAAAAGAUCUUGCAAGAAAGAUAACAAAAUGGUUCUUUGGUUCGAAGUUGAUGACACAGGCUGUGGUAUUGAUCCAACCAAAUGGGAAUCUGUGUUUGAAAGCUUUGAGCAAGCUGAUCCUUCAACAACUCGAUUGCAUGGUGGUACCGGUCUUGGCCUAUGCAUUGUUCGAACCUUGGUCAACAAGAUGGGUGGAGAAAUCAAAAUUGUGAAAAAGGAUGGACCUGGGACUCUAAUGCAACUAUGCUUAUUUCUAAGCACACCUGUAGAUGUGCCAGGGCAGCACUGUCAUCUAAACUUUGCAGAACAUAACUUGAAGGUAUUGCUUGCACUAAAUGGCAGAAUGAUCAGGUUGAUCAUGUCCCGAUGGUUACAAAAAAGUGGAGUUCAAACCUGGGAAGCAUCUGAGUGGAAUGAACUGACACGGAUUCUUCAGGAACUCUUUCAAGCCGAAAUUUAUUCUCCAAGUUCACCAAGUGAAUAUUCAGAAGCUGAAGAUUUAAAUGUACAGGAUAUGAGAACCUCAGUUCUCAUUAUAGUUACUGAUAUUGGGCUACUUGAUUUAAGAACAGAAAUAUGGAAGGAACAGCUCAACUUCCUUGACAAAUACUGUGAGAGAGCAAAGUUUGCGUGGAUAUUAAACCAUGACACCUCCAAUACCAUUAAGAUGGAGCUCCGCAGCAAAGGACAUUUGUUGAUGGUUAACAGACCACUAUACAAAGCAAAAAUGAUUCACAUUCUGGAAGCUGCCAUUAAGGAGAGAGAUCUUGACCUGCAAAAGAAAAUUAAUGCUUUAAGCUCUACAAUAGUGGAAGUUGGUUUGCAUGAAUGUGUUGAAACUGGUCCUGGUCACUCUGAUGUAGCCAGCUCUGAUGAUUCUGAUAAGUCAGAAAUAGGAAGUUCUAAUUUUAUAACUGCCUGUCAUACUAAAGAAAAACAGAGAGAACAUCUCACUAAACCCCCUCCCUCACUAUACAGUGCAGUUAACAACUGCUUUAUUGAGUUAACUCAAGCAUAUUCAAAAGAAAAUGACACGAGAGCGGAUGAUAUAGGACACAUGAGAUCCCCCUUAGAUGAAAAUUCUAGGUGCCAGGAACAACAUUUGGCUGGCAGUUUUCCUAAAGAGCAAGUUAGUUUGCUUCCGAGCAAAGCUGUGAAUGGACAGAAAUCGCUUGAAGGGCUGCGCAUUUUGCUGGCAGAAGACACACAAGUACUUCAGAGAGUUGCAACCAUAAUGCUUGAAAAAAUGGGGGCUACAGUCGUGGCAGUGGGAGAUGGAUUGCAAGCAGUGGAUGCUCUAAAAAUGAUGCUUAGUGAAGAUCAGUGUAAAAGGGGAUAUUCCCUGGAGGAUGGUGACACAAUUACCACCCAGACACAAGGAUGCAAUUCUCCAGCGUACGACUUGGUCCUUAUGGAUUGUCAAAUGCCAAAGAUGGAUGGUUAUGAAGCAACGAGAGCAAUCAGAAAGUCAGAAGUGGGAAAGGGUUUGCACAUCCCCAUUGUUGCACUGACUGCCCAUGCAAUGUUAUCAGACGAGGCCAAAUGCUUGGAGGUGGGUAUGGAUGCUUAUCUAACUAAGCCAAUUGACUGCAAGUUGAUGGUUUCCACCAUUCUUUCCUUAACCAAGACCAGGGCAGCCUAACAGUGCUGCAAAUCAGCACAAGUGCAUGAUUUCACACAAAGAAGAGCUAACAAAAUAGUAGUCUUACGCAGAGUUUGGAUGUAAAAAUUUUGUAAUGAGAACAAAAUAAUGUAUUGUACCUCCUUUUGUAGAUAAGUACAGAAGCAUGUA